UGGACAUUGGACUUCUUUCCCAGUGUUAUAAAAACGCAAAGUAGAUGUCGCGUAACCAAUGUUAAAAGACGGAUUUACUUCUCUGGCUGAUCUGGUUCAUGAAAUUAAUAAUUUAAUUGAAAGCCAAAAAUACGAAGAUGCAUAUAAACUUGUUCUUGGCCACUUACCUGAUUCUCGGUUCCAAUCAUCCGAUGUGUAUUAUGUUUGCUCUCGUCUUUGCUUAAGUAUAGAAGUAACAGAGAACAGUAUGAAUUUUAUAUUAACUCUGGAUAUCGGUUUGCAAAAACGGGUUAUUCAUUAGACGAAAACCAUCCAGGUUGUGCCAAGGUUUUACCAGUGAAGUUCUUACCUGAAAAUAAUAGUAUCUAGCUAUCCUCCUUGAAAAACAGUUAUGGAUUAAGGAAAAAGAAAAUGGAUUGAGGCAUCAAUUACAUUGAGAGAACAUUUGCUUAAAUCACUUUCUCUGGAACCGACUGAUUCUUUAGUUUUGCAUAAAAUGGGAUUAUGGUGUUUUGAAGUAGCCAGUUGGACAUGGAUAGAGAAGAAGGUCGCUUAUGCUACAUUCAAAGAAGCUCCUCAAUCGUCUUAUAACGAAGUAUUGCAAAACACCUUAUUUACAUAUUUUAGGCACUGAAGUACUUUGUAGCUGCUGAAGGAAGUAUGUUAAUCAUCAUAUGUCCUUAUAAUACCUAGGAAACCAUAAGUCUUCCUCACUGAAUUUGUUGUAUAUUGCUCGUAGUUAUUUUCAGUUGAAACAGUAUGACAUGGCUAGAAACUACCUUGAAAAAUGCAUAAAUCACAAAAGUGAGGAUGAUAAUGUGGAACAGGUCUGCAUUGAUUCACUAAUCUUAUUCAUUUUGAUAAGGUAAGGCUUGAAGCAACGAAGUUGUUAAAAGGCCUGAGAGAGUUUUCAACCUAAUAGAACUGGCCGAACAAUACUGUGUUGAAAUGUUUAUGCGUUUUCAGUAUCCACAAGAACCAGAAACGUAGUAAUUGUGCACAGAAGUUCCAAAUGCUUAAUCAGUCCUUUCUUUUAACAGAUUUCCUGACAAGAUGAAAUGGAAAUUCAUUCGAUUAUUGUUUUGGCGUUACUCAUUUUCAGUUCUCAGUAAACUAAAUGCCUACAGAAUUCUCAUAGACUUCUUAAGAUGUUUAUGAAGCUAAAAUGUUU